AGGGGAGCUAAGCGAACCCCUUUCUCACCUAUCAGCUUGCAAGACCUCACGAUGUCUGACGCUUCGAGAUUCCGGGGAAGAAGACGAACAAAAUAUGCAUCUAAACACGUAUGAUUCAAGCCAAGAAGGACCCUAUAUUGAAAUAACUCUCGUGAAAGUCCGUUGCGGUGCACGGCGUCAAUAUUCUACCGACGAUGGAUAUAUAAAGGAGCGAAAUCCUCCUGAGAUUCUACAUCUUACAACAGCAUCUCACAACAGCAUUCUACAGCAACACUGAUCCUCUCUCAAUUUCAAGAAAUUCACCAACACCAUACUCUUCAAAUUCCAAACAUGCCGGCCACAACAUACCCCGAUUUUGGCAGCAAGACAGAAGCCCUUGAAGUCGCCAAGGCAUUCGCAGACUCUGUUCGAGGAAAGAACAUCCUCGUUACCGGAGUGAAUUGUGGUGGCAUUGGCUAUACCACCGCGCAAGCUUUUGCGUCUCAAUCUCCCGCCAACCUCAUCAUUGCUGGUCGAAGCGAAGCCAAACUCAAAGCAAGCAUCGAUGCACUCCGAGCCGAGUAUCCAAAUGUCUCCUAUCGACCAUUGAUACUUGAUCUCUCAAUUCAAAAAGCCGUCCGAAAAGCAGCCGCCGAACUUCUUUCCUGGUCCGACGUUUCUACUCUUGACAUCAUUGUCAACAGUGCGGGUAUCAUGUGCAUCCCAGAACGAACUCUCACGGAAGACGGCAUCGAGAUCCAAUUCGCUACCAAUCACAUUGGACACUUUCUCUUCACUUCUUUGAUCAUGCCUAAGCUCAUCAAGGCUUCGCAAGCGGGCGCCACCAAGGGAGCUACGAGAGUGGUCAAUGUCUCCAGCCUUUCGCCAACUUGGACCCAGAUGAGAUGGAGUGACACGAACUUCGAGAAGAAGAACAAGGAUAUCCCAGAGAAUGAGAGACCAGUUUACCAGGUGCAGCAAAUGUGGGGACAAACCGGAGACCUAGACGAGAAAUCCUAUCUCCCCUUGGAAGGAUACAACCAGAGCAAAACCGCCAACCUCCUCUUCUCCAUCGCGCUCACCGACAAGAUGUACGAGAAAUUCGGCAUCCUCGGCGUUGCCGUCCACCCCGGCGUGAUCGCCAGCGAGCUUGGAAGAAACCUUGACGGUGUGACGAUGGAUGCCGUUAAAGGCUUCUAUGAAAGUGGCAUGGUCGACAUCAAGACUCCUGGAGCCGGAGCAGCUACCAGUGUGGUCGCUGCUUUGGACCCGAAGCUUGGAGCGGGAGAGAUCCGCAAUGGGAAGGAGAACUAUGGAGCUUUUCUGCUUGAUUGCCAGAUCAGUGAUGCUCCUGUACCUGGUGCUCUCUCGAGUUCUGAGGCGAAAAGGUUGUGGAAGUUGUCUGAGAAGUUGGUGAAAGAGGAGUUUGCGUGGUGAGCCCGGGCAGGAGCAAUUUUCUUGAAACAAAAUAAAUG